AUGGCAAGAGCAACUGCACUGGGGCAUCGCCUGCUGCGGCAUCUCAAGAAUGGUGCGCUGGCACGGGGUAGCACGCGCAGUUGUGGCGCAGCGGCCGCUCCCGGGCGAAGGCGCCUGGGCGCGGCAGCGCUGGGCGCGGGCGCCUCGGUGCUGCUCGUGGCUUGGGCUGCCCGGAAGUAUUUGGAUCACCUGCGAAUCGCAGACCUCCAGUCUUCGGUUCACCGAGGGAACUCCUCCGCACGCCUGGCGCGCGUCGAGCGGCAGCUCGAGGGAGGGGGCGAGGUGGUCGUCAGUUUCACGGCUGCCGAUGGCCGGCAAAGCACGGUGGUGGUGGACAAAGGGCAGCUCGCCUCGGCGACUUCGCAGCGCGGCGAGGCUCUGGCAGCUGCAGAGAAAUCGCUGCGCAAGGCAGCAUCGACCAAGCUGGCAGCGGAGCUCGCUGCCUGUUUCGCGCCCAUCGAGCAGCGUGCGAGUAAUUUCGCGGACUGGUACUUCGCCUACCCGACCACCAUCAAGCUGGUACGCGAAGCAGACUCACAGCCGAGAAGAUUUGAGGUGGGAUUUCUCUUCGGUCUUCUGGGGGUGUGA